CCUGCGCUUCGUUCGCUUCACUAGGUAGGUCAUAGUACUGGUUCGAUUGGUCCACACAUGAGUGAGUACUGAGGGCGAGCGGCAUGACCAGCCACCGCCACAGCUCGCCGUCGGCGCCGCCACUGGACGACGACAACCUGCUCCGCGAGAUCUUCCUCCGCCUACCACCGCAGCCCUCCUCCCUCCCCCGCCGUCUGCAAGCGCUGGCGCCACCUCCUCUCCAAUCCUCGAUUCCUCCGUCGAUUUCGCAUCCACCACCGCAGCAACCCUCCCCUCCUCGGUUUCUUUGUCAUGAGUAAGAGCGGCAUAUCCUUCGUGCCUACAAUGGAGGCCCCCAAUCGUGCCCCGCCCGGGCGACUUUCCUUGCAGCUCCACGGCCGCUCCUUCCGGUCAUUCGGAUGUCGCAAUGGCCUCGCACUACUAAUCUGCGGCCAGAAGCGGCGCCAUUUCUUUGUGUGGGACGCCGUCACAGGUGACAAGCACCACCUACCCUUUCCCCCGUGGUUGUUUGACUUGGGUCCAAACACGGUCGCCGGGUUCAACGCGGCGGUGCUUCGUGCUGUCGGAGACGUGCACUUCCAGGUGGUCUUUGUAGCAACAAACAUGGACACACGCCAAGUGCUCGCUUGCCUUUACUCGUCGGAGACUGGCCUAUGGGGUGACCUCAUUUCAACACCGAUUCCAUCAGAGUUUCCGAAUGUAUAUCCUGACAUAGUCUUUCUGCCGUCGAAUGUGCUAGUUGGGAAUUCCAUUUACUGGAUUGUGAGUUCAAGCACCCUUGAAACUCAUGCGAUCCUUGAGUUUGAUUUGAAGAGCCAGAGCUUAGCUGUGAUACCGGUGCCAGUAGAGCAUAUGCUUAAAUUUGGACAACACACGUACAGGGUUAUGCGGGCGGAGGGUGGUGAGCUUGGUUUCUUCUACCUGUCAUCCUUCACCGCUCAACUGUGGAGGAGGAAGACUGAUUGUGAUGGUGUUUAUUCAUGGGUGCUCGGAAGAACUAUUGAACUAGACAAGCUACUUUCCUUGAACACAGGGAAUGGCUGGGUCCCACUCAUACGAGGGUUUGCUGAGAAUAAUAAUGUGGUUUUCCUGGGUACAAACAUCGGCGUCUUCAUGGUCCAUCUUGAGUCGCUCAAGUUCAAGAAUCUUUUCGAACCCAGCAUCUCACUUUAUUACCAUCCAUUGGAGUGUGUCUACACUGCAGGCAUUGGUGGUGAACAUGAUGCAGAUGAUCUCUUGCACAAUACAUAAGAUGAUUAUCUGGCUAGAUAUGCUGUUGUGGUGUACUGCCUGAGCAGGUAUCUAUGAUUAUACUCCGGUGGCUAAGAUGCGGGAAUGGGUAGUGUGCUGUAGGUUCUUCCAUUUGGUAUGUUGUGCAUUAGGGGUCUGUGAUGUGCUCCACCCAGAAAUUGGCCCUCGUGAAUCGUGAAGUUUGCCUUGUAGUGAUUAAUUGCUUAAUUUGCUGACUUAUCCUUGUAUGUUCCAAUUUCUGUAUGGAGACAAAGUGACUUGCUUGGAUUAAUGGUUAUUGUUGGCCAUAUCAAUUAAUCUUCUGUGCUUUUCUUA